AUGGUGGCGGACCAGGGGAAGAAGGCGAAGCUCACUGAGAGAGCUCCGGGGGACGAGACUGAUCACAUUGAUACUGAGCUUGUCCUUAACAUUGAGAAGUUGCAGGAGUUUCAAGAUGACCUCGACAAGGUUAAUGAAGAAGAGGGUGACAAACUGAUGGAACUUGAACAAAAGUUUAAUGAGAUACGCAGGCCCGUCUAUUUGAAACGGAAUGAGAUAAUAAAAACCAUUCCCGACUUCUGGCUAACUUCUUUCAUGAGCCAUCCUGUGCUUUGUGAUAUUUUGACCGCAGAAGACCAGAAGAUCUUCAAGUAUUUAAAUUCUCUUGAUGUGGAGGACUUCAAAGAUGAUAAGACGUUAGGAUACUCUAUCACGUUUAAUUUUAAUGAGAAUCCUUAUUUUCAAGAUACAAAGCUGACUAAAACCUUUGCAUUCGUUGAUGAUGAGACAACUAAAGUUACUGGUACUACCAUCAAAUGGAAGGAGGGCAUGGGUUUUGCCAAUGGAGUUAAUGAUGAGAAAAAAGGAAACAAACGACCACAUGCUGAGCAGAGCUUCUUCAGUUGGUUUAAUGAAAGUGAACAGGACGAUAUGGUUGGAUUUCAUGAAGAGAUGGUAGAGAUAAUUAAGGACGACUUAUGGCCCAAUCCUCUCAAGUAUUUCAAUAAUGAGGCCGAUGAAGAGGAUUCUGAAGGUGAUGAAGAUAAUGAAAUGGAGAAUGGUGAGAAUGAUGAUGGAGAAGACGAUAAUGAGGGGGAUAGCUAA